AUGGCGCCUGUCGCAGGGUCCUCCCGAGGCAUCAUCGCCAACGUCGGCACAUCGAGGAGCGCUACGACCCGAUCAACGUCUGGCCGCGCCAAGACGAACAAGCGCGUCGAGCAGGAGCGCAUCGUAGACCGCCUUCUCCAAGCCUUCUUAUCCGAACGCAUAAACGAUCCGACUCAAAAGGCAGCGCAAAAGGCCAAAGCCGUCCGCACCAUCGACAAGGAUUCAUGGUCGCCCGCCGACGCCGACGAGAUCGCCACUGCCUUCCAGGGGCUCUCGCUCAAACACAGCAUCCAUCUCGACCAUGAGCUCUCCCUUGCUCUCCGAAGGUGCCAUGCAGAGCUCCUCGUCUCUUGCGACAGGUCCAUGCAUCUCGCCGACCAGGCUCGAGACUCGUACAAACGCCGCGGCCUCGACACUCGCCACAUUCACGAUCCGCUUAUUCGACCGGACAACGUCUCAGAUGCAGUGCGCUUGCUGUUGCUCCUCUCGAAACCGCCAGAUGUCACCGCACGCACCGCUGCCAAUCUCAUGCUCAACGCAACCCAUCCAGCUCGCGCACAGUACUUGACGCCCGAACAACGCAGGCAGGCCGAAAGACGCGAGUGGCUCGACAUCCUUGUCGACGAACCGCUCCAAGGUGAUGCAUGGAUUGAUCACCACGACGAACACGACAAUUCAGACCUCUCAGAUUGGAGUCAAGAGGACGAUGACGACGAUGAGCGACGGAGGCGGAUCGAGCUCGAGUACGACAGCGACAAAGAGAACCGAAAGCGCAGAGAGCGACUCAGAGCCGCUUCCAGCGCCAUGGAGCUCACACCUGCCACCACAACCAAGAUGCAACAUCGCGAUCGCUGGACUGAGCAGCGCUCCUCGCGUGCGGAUGCGCUCAACAAGCUGAUAGGCGCGGAUGCGCGGAAUGGACCGAAAACAUGGACGGAGGUCGACGCCGUUCGAGAAAGCCUUUCGGCCCUGAUGGGCUGCUCGAGUGUCAUGUAUGACCACGGCGACGCUGGCCAGUACAGCGUGGCCGACGGCGCAUUCGCUCCCUCCAGCCUCUUCCUAGGCAUUUCCGAGCAGAUGCAAGAGGUGGCCACGCUCGCCAGCACCUUCAACACCUUGCGUCGUUUCGUCAACACCACUGUCACGCAAAGCAUCCACGCAGUCGAUGCACUGACCCGAACGCCUGCCGUCGAAGCCUUUGCAGAGCAGCUACAAUUACUGCUUGAACGCCUGUCCUUGCGCCUCUCGGAACUGGAUGCAGACUUGGCAUCGAUAUCUUCGUCCAAACCGCAGCCCCUUUGGCAAGCACGAUACUCGACAAUGCUGCAGCUCGUCGACCACGUACACCGCGAGGCAUCCUCACUCCUGCUCUUGUCCCGGCUGCUACAUUCGAUCGGGUUCAUCGCUUUCAACGAUCGCAUCGGUCAUGCAGGCAUCGGAGCCGGACUCGCGCGGAUCUCAAGCGAUCGUGCGCUCAUCGACGGUCUGCAAGCCUUGCUGGACUUUGUCCACCAACAAGACACGAUGGCUGUACCGGACACGGUCGUGGCAGACCUUAGCAGGUGUCUGCUUGCGGCUUGCCGACCAGCAUGGAGCUCGGUGUGUCAACUCAUACGACGAGGUCUGAGCUUCGCGAUCGUGCGCGAGGACGACCCCUUGUUCGACGAUCGCCUGGUCCAGCACAUGGUCAAGCACGACGUCUCCCUCGCCACCUCGGACAAGAGCUUCUGGACUUCAGGCUACCGCUCUCGCCAGGCGCAAGCCGGCGAAAACCUGGAUGAAGACACCGAAGACGGCUACAGCCCGCCGGCAUUCCUGCAGUCGAUUGCAGACGAUGUCAUCACCACGUCCAAGGGCGUUGGACUGCUCCGCAGUCUUGGCAUAGAUGCGCUCGGCGAGGUCCAGCCCGACUCGGACCUGGGACGCAUCCUCGACGUCGAGGUUUUGUUCAAAGCAGAUCAAAAAACGAAGGGCCUCACGGUGGACAACGUUCUAGAGGACGAUGAAAAUGCAGAUGCGACGCAAAUCCAGCACGCCGCCAAAAGAUUCACAGGAUCGGAGGCGAGAAGCAAGUUGCGUCAAAUCCUGUUUCCUCACGGCACGCACAACAGCCGCAGCAUGGCCGAGGAAUUGCCCCUGACGCCGGAUUCCCAGCCGGAUGCCGACAUGUUUUGGCAUGGGACCACAGCCGGGACUUCAAGGAGCGCAUCACUGCGUCUGCUCGAGCCUAGGCUAGGUCGGGCGCUGCGUCAGCACCUGUCGCCGAUCAGUGCGAUCGUUCGCAAGCGGCUGAUCGAAGUGCUCACGUCGCCGGCUCCGGAAGGUGGCUAUGCUCUGCAGUCGCACCUCGAAGCCUGUCACGGCCUGCUUUUCAUGCAGCGCGGUGCCGAAAUGUCGAGCUGGACCGAGUCGCUCUUCCUCGAUCUCGACCGACGCAACGGUGCGAUUAGGGCGAUCGAGCCGAGUCGGCUCACGUCGGGCUUCCACGAUUGCAUGGAAGACCACCAGCAGCGCACUGCCGGUCGCGCCUGGAUCGACACGAGUCUCGUACGCUUCCACACGGGCGAUGAUGACCGCGAUAUGCGCGCAGCCGCGCGGAAUCGGUCCAGGAUCGGGCGUCUUGCCGACAUUCGCGUCGAGUACGACGUGCCGUGGCCGCUGUCGUUCGUGUUCCUACCGGAGUGCACGCGCUUUCACCAGAGCAUCUUUACGAGCCUGCUGCAGGCCAAGUAUGCGCAUUGGAAGCUGGCGAGCACGGUCAAGCUCGCGCGGCCCGAGACUCUGCACAUGCGCAAGUACUGGGCGUUGCGACGACAGGCGCAGUGGCUGGUGCGCACGCUGAUCGAGUUCGUCCAGCGCGACGUUGUGCUGGACGGAAGCGAGCGGCUUUGUGUGGAUCUGCAGGGGGUAGUGUCGUUGGACGAUGCCAUCCAGACCCACUCGGCGGCAGUGGCCAAGAUGGAGAUGCUCUGCUUUCAUCGCGCGGAUCAGAGCAAGGUCAAGGUGCUAUUCGACGCAGCGUGGCGGUUGGGCGUGGAUGUGGUCAGCACAUACGAGCUUUUCAUCGGCGCGAGCGGGCGCGAGGAGGAGCGACUUGCACGGAGGCGACGGCGCGAACGCCGCAGAAAGCGGCGCGAUCGAGCCAAGCAAGACGGUGCACCACUGGACGCGAUCGCCGAGGCAGAUGAGGAAGAGGAAGAGGAGGAAGAGGCGGAGGAAGAGGAGGGGGACGACGACGAGGCGGCUGAAGAGCUCGUCCGAGACAAGUCGAUCGGCGAGUACGAGGCCUGGAAAGCCCAGCCAGACGCACGUCCGAAGCGCACCGGCUACGAAGGCUUUGAUGCGAGCAUGGCGGAUGCUUCGAUGAGCGCCGACGUCUCGGCGAGCUGGAUCGAGUCGGAGACGCACAAGCGCGAACGCUUCCGCAUCGAGUGUGAGCGACUGCGAAAGACGCUGCAGCGACUCGUCGAGGAGCUCACGGUGCGGGUCGACGAGCAGAUUGCACGCACCGCCGCCACCGCUGCCCUCGAAGCCCAAGACGCGACCCAGGCCGACCACGCGCUACACGACCAUCACUAUACGCGACAGAGGUGGCAAGGUCUGCUCUAUUCGCUCGCCUGGUCGGAUCUCACGUACUAG